AGGAUAAGACUUGUUGUUGCACAUACAUUUGUAAGCCAUGGGACAAGUCUCGGCUUCCUCGAGGCUGGAGCACACAAAACUAACCAUCACUAGUCUACAUGGCCGACACGACCCGCAUGCGUUCGAGCAGUCCGGCAGCCUCGAUCCUGCGCCCCCUACUUCCUCCGUCCUGCUCCUCGUAUCGCCUCCGCCCUUCUCCGCCGUCUUUCUCACUUCUAUUCCUUUGUCGCCGCCGCCGCCAUCCCCCGCCGUGCUCCCUACCUCAACAACUUGGUCUGCAUUAAGUGCAAGAUCAAGUCACGUAAAUUUGGAUGCUGUGAAGAAAUGGGAAAGAAAUACGAGCGGCAUGGCAUUCUACAUUUACGCCGUAUACAAGCCCAAAAUUCCAUCCUACCGCGUCAACGGCCUUGAGGUUAAGAAAUUCGACGUUCAAUGGGAUUUUAGCCUCAAGACUGUUUUUACGGUCGCGGUCACGGCGGACAACCCCAACACCAACAUUGGGUUCAAAUACGGCAAGGACAGUUCUGUCAUUGUCACCUACACCGACUCUGUUCUCUGCUCCGGGAAGCUUCCUAGCUUCCAUCAAGGAGCAGAGAAUGUGACAGAGAUGAAGAUUCAACUGGACGGGGUUAGCAAAUUCGGGUCGGGUCUUCAAGAGGCUUUUCAAGAGAGUAAAGAUACUGGGAAAAUACCUUUACUCGUGAAGGUUAAGGCACCAGUAAAGGUGGUCAUAGGGAGCUUGUCCUUGAGGGAAGCCAUUGUUUAUGUCAAUUGCUCCCUCGUGGUCGACAAGCUCCAACCAGGGAAGAAAGUUGGCAUUGUUAAGUCGAACUACUCCUUUGAUGUUUCCUUUUGAUAUGAUGUGGGGGAUCAUUGAAUUUACUAGAUUCAUACAUAUGUGUUGCAUUCAAAGAAAUUCAAUCCAAAACAAAAUUUGAGUACAUGG